AUGAAACAGUUGUGGAUCCGUUCCAACGGACACUGGGUCACUUGUGAUAACUUGAUGAAUUUCGACUGUUGCUAUAUUCUUAUCGAACGAUCCAGACUCUCCAUCUCUGAUUUGAGUUCAUUUUUAAGACACUGGCGUGCCGGUGGAUCAACUUGUUUGGAGUGGUUACAAUUGAACUUCGAGAAACAUACAUUUCAAAAAUGGUUUGAUGAAGAUUUGAAAGUUUUGCUAACCGACGAAGAGAGAGAGUGUUUCGCCGCACUUUUGAUGGAUGGGAAUUUGUAUUUCAUGGUGGCUACAGUAUCCAACGCGUGGACGGUGUGA